UCAGUAAGAGGAAGCCCGAUGCGCUCCGCUGUUUUCUGUUUUGUCAGAGUUGAAAAUCCGCCGAGGCGCCAUUUUCCCCCACCGUCUCUCCCUCUGACACAACAACAAUAUUAAAGAAAACACGGCGCACCGCAGGCAGAUCGAGCCCGAAAACCGCCGGAUCACCGCGGAGCCGCGCAGGGAGUCGGUUCAGGGAGUCGGAACAGCACCGGGCCGCGGGAUUAAACACCACGGCGCUGUUUCUGAGUCGCCUUUGUGCCUUUGUAUGAUUUCAGUCCCUUCGCCCAUUUCGUGAAUCCCAAACGGAGCGGAUUUACCGGACGAGCCGAUUAGGAUUUCUCUUUGUUUUACAUUCUCUCUUUGUUUCUGAGCACCAAGAGGAAUAUCCACAGCACUCAUCUCUAACACCUGGAUUAUACGUUUAUUAUUAAUAAUAGAAAUAUCUUUUUAAAAUACCCAAACUGGAGCGUAAUUGGUGAAAUCCACCCCCCCUUCUCGGAAUCACGUGCAGGUUGUCCUGUGGCGUGACGGUAGGUGGGUGGUGUGGCUCUGGCCUCGGCCCCCUUGCGCCGCUGAAUGGCUGCGAUGGCGCCCGCGCUGACCGACACGCCGGCCGACACUCACCGAAUCCGCCUCAAACUGGCUCCGUCCUCCUCCGCUAUCAACCAGAGUGCCGUGGAGGAAAACGGUGCCACCGACCGCGUCCUCGUCCCAACGAACGGCACAGUCAAACGCAAAAACUCCGCUGACAAAGAGGAUCAUCUGUCCUGCGUGGCCGGAACCAAGGACGAAUCGAGUCGCGAUUUGGGCAAAAUACAAGAGUUCGUCACUUCGUACCGCUGCUCGGACGAGACCCUGAAAUUGCAGAACGUUUUCGACAUCCUGCCCGGCAUCUUACAGCGCAAGCACCACACCCUGGAGCUCUCAGAGGAGCAGCUGAAGAGCAUCAUGAGUGCUGGGAAUGCUAGCAGUCUGUCUUCUCUACAGCAGAGUGCCGGCGUAAACGGCGUGGCGAGGAAAUUUACAAAAACAAACAAAGACUCCAGCAGCGUCACCAUGAAUGGAGGCAAGUACGGACAAGCAGGGCUACCCCUUGCUCACGGCGGGUCAACAGGAAAUGGUCCUGCUAAAGAUUCCACAGAGCAGCACCAGUGCCCUAGAGGUGUCCCCCGGGAUCGGCAGAACAACCAGGAUAUCCCAGAAUCUCCCGUGCCCUUUCGCUCGCUUACACAAGAGCGGAACGGUUCGGACAGUUUGUCUGUGUUUAGUGCGGACGUUUCCGUGGCUCCGCCUUCUGUGCUCCACUCCCUCGAAAGCCUGGGUGGAGACCUGCACAGCCGUUCGCAGCAGGCCAAAAGCCGACAGAUGGAGAUCGAGGGUCGUCUGCGGCGCCUGCAUAAGCGGCUGCAAGUGGUGCAGGCGAAGCAGGUGGAGCGUCACGUGCAGCAACAGCUCGGUGGAUUACUUUGCAGCACUCUGGGGACUCAGGACUCCCGGGUCCAUCGGGAGAGAGCAGAACCCAGCCGGGUUCUGAGGGGUGAAUCUGUGCCGGCCGAACUGGAGCGGCUAUCGCUGAGCUGCAGCACCAACCUGCGAGCGGCGGAAAACGCCUUUGAUUCGGACGCCACCGAGAGCAGCUCCGGAGGAGAAACAGAUGUGGAAGAGGACGAGCUGGGCCGGGUGGACGUCGAGCAGCGGCACAUUUCACUGUGGAGGAGAGCUGAGGGUCAUUAUGCGCUGGAACGCUCUUCCAUCAUCAGUCACUGGAACUGGCUGCAGGCUCACGUCUCUGACCUGGAGUAUCGCAUCCGCCAACACACCGACAUCUACCGUCACAUCCGUACCAGCAAGGGCGGUGUGGUGCUGGGUGAGAGCUCGGUUUGUGAGACAGCAGCAGAGAACGGCAGCGGGUCGAGGACGGAGAGUCUCGCCUGUAACUUGGUGCCCAGUGCCGACGGGACAAACGGCUCGGUGUCGGCCCUCGGUGUCUCCAUGGAGACGAACCUGAGGAAGAGUUACCCGUCUGUCCGACAUGUCAACGGAGUCAUAAACAGUCUACGUUGUGGUCCUUCCGCCGUGUCCGAGGCGGAGCAGCAGAGGCUUAGUGCUGAAGACUCGAGCUGUGUAGCAGCACGAACCCGACCGCUUAUCUCCUGCAGGAAGAGACGCCUGAUCCGACCCUACACACUGCCUCAACUCAACAACAAGGUGCAGACGGGCCAGUGGUGUGGCUGUGAUGUCAGUGGUCAGUGUGUGAUGUGCUGUAGUCGUCCUGCCGCUUUGUCACACACUCUGUUCCAGCGCCCCCUGCUGGACAGACUGGCUCAGCUCGACCCCUGCAUCCACCCCGUCCUCUCCUUCACCGACGACGUUGGAAUGGGUCUGCACUUUCAGCGUGUCAUGAAGUGUCACUGGCAGGGCCGGUCACUGGACAAGAUCAAACCCAUCAAGAAGAUCGCACUCAAACACUCAAAGUUCUCUCCGAGCAGCCGUCUCAUCGAUCCUUCAUCAUCAUCCUCUUCCUGCUCCAAAGACAAGCUCAAGCUGACCAGCUCGCUUCUCUCUACUGACCGUUUGUCUCAUCACAGAAUGAGACAAGAGAAGCUGUAUCGACACCAGCAGAGUGACACUGAAUCUCGUCAGCUGUACAGAGCAGAACGCAGUCACACUCGCAAGAGGGCCAGAGAACACUCAGUGGAGUGUGACAAUGUCAAUAAGUUGUAUAUGGAAGUGGCAAGCCCGAGUUCCUCUCUGACCACGCCCACUCUCAGUCCUAUAGUGAGACAGCUCUCGUCCUCUGAGAGUCCAACACCAUGCAGUCUCACCAGCACACCGCACCAAGCACAGCGUAAGAGGAGAGUGGAGAGUUCGUUCGACAUCAACAACAUCGUCAUCCCCAUGUCUGUGGCGGCGACGACCCGAGUGGAGAAACUGCAGUACAAAGAGAUCCUCACACCCAGUUGGAGGGUGGUGAACAUCAUGGCCAGUCACAUUUCUGAGGAGGAUGAUGCAGUAGAGAUUGAGGAUUUAUCAGAUGCGGCUUUCUCUCAGCUUCACCUUCCGUAUGAAGAGCAUGAACAUUCUCGCUGGAGUUGGACUUCCAGUUCUGUUGCCAAGAGAAGGGGCAGCCGCUCGUAUAAGUCAGUGGAUGGCCGCAGCACUCCUCUGCUGGGUGGAACGAACCCCUCGACACCUCAGCCUUCGUCUCCAGACCCGUCUCACUUCCCACUGCUGCAGGACUACAGCUCAGCCCCUUCCCCCUCCCCCUCCAGCCCGGCCAGCCCUGAGCUGCUCACAUUCUCUCACACACCAGCGUCCAGAGACUCCCACCGGUUCCUGUCCAACGAGGACACACGCUGCUCCACACCAGACACCAGCUACGACGAGACGCCCGUGCAGCCGUGGGAGCACAGAACGUUCCCCCUGGACGUAGAUCCGGUGCAGGAUCACGAUCAUCACGUGAGUCCAGGCAGCAAUCGAACCGCACGACGGAUUUCGGGCUGCAGGAGCGGCUCCAGGUCCGAGUGCGAGGGCGAGCCUCCAUCACCGCUGUCUGAGGACACAAGCCGGCACAGGAACAACUCGCUCAGACACACACACUGCUGAAACCUUCUGUACAGACUCGUCUCUCUCUUUCACACACACACACACACACACACACACACACACACACACACACCCCUCUCCAGCUCCAGAGCAGAUUAAACCUCCUGCUGUUUGAUAUUCAAACAUCGCUUAAAUCUUUCACAGUUUUCAGUGAAUUUGUUGAGUUGAAGAUUGGAUCCCAGUAGAGACGACUUCCUUUUCGUUUGUUCGUUCUUUUGUUUUUGUUUUGUUGGUCACCGGUAAUCGAAAGGUGGCGGCCGAUAAGAGGCGGAAAGCAGGAAACCGGAGUCUCGGUGGUGUCCUAAAGCGACUGAAGCGAUUGUCAGCUAGUGGGUUGACCUCAAGCUCCCUAUUAUACUGAUUUAGGUACAACCCAAAUACGCACAUAAACGCCUGACUAUCAGGCAUGUUGUUAUUAUUAUUAUUAUUCAUUUAUUAUUUCUUUCAGCACUUCUCUCUGUUCAUUCUCAGUGUCUUUAAUAUUCGGGGCCAGCUUUAACUAAACUCCAGGAUUAAUCAGCUCUUUGUGGUUGAUCGCUGGAGGAUUAGCAGCAGGUCGAGCAUUUACUCUAAGUUCAUAUACAUGUAGGAUGAGUUUGCGUGGGACGUUUUUUAUUAAAAAAAAAAUAAUAAUAAAAGUAAAAAAAAAAACCCCAUGAUCACGCAUCAGCGCUCCGAGGUGUUUCAUUUGUAUUCCUGCCGUAACUCGUACGUGCAAUUUCCCCACCUGAGAACGAAUCGAUCGCAGCACUUAAUCCCAGGCGCUUUUUUUUUUUAACCCUGCUGCCUGAAUGCUUGAAAUAAGUAGCGCAGGAGGACGUUUAUGGGCUCGAGCGUUCUUCUCCUCUGUAUUUGCACUCUGAUGCUCAGCACUCUUCUGCUCUCUGUCCAUCAUUCCAUCACAGCGACGCGCUCGUGCGGCACUUAUAUAUUAACCGUUGCAUUAUAUUCUACACAGUGAAGCAGGAUUUACUAUUACAGGAUAGUUUCACUAAUAAAAAGAGAUCAAAAAUGACAACCUUACUACAAAAACUGCACCUUUUUCUGCUUUAGUCUCCAUCAGAUUGAUCGACGUUGUGGCUCUUCAUCACGACUCCUCUAUGGUUCUUUUUGUUGUAACUUUGAAUCUCUGUGAUCGGCUCACGACGUUUGUGUUUGUCUGCAACGUCUCACGUUUAAGGGGCAUGGCCAAGCGAGGGACCCCACCCAUCUAAGAGACUAGGGGCGGGGCUAAAACUCUAAAAGCGCACAAAAUGUGGAUCUGUAUCAACCUUCAGGUGACACGCUCCUGUGGCGAAGGUACAGAUGUAAUAGUUUGUUAAAGAUUUGAUUACGUGAAAUUUAAAAAAAUGUGCUUUUUUUUUUUUUUUUUUUAACAUAUUCAUUUACAAUCUGUGACAUCGAUGUAAUUAGUUCUAAAUCCUCACUGUCAGGGAUUUGAGAUUUCAGCUUUUUUUGCUAAUUCGCACAGAGCCACAACCUUGUUAAUGUUCCUCAUCCUGAAGCUUCACUACGUCUCAUUUCGCUCUCGGUCCACAAGCUUUCUGUGUUACUCGGAUACGUUCGCCUUCGCACCUCGUACCUUUGCAUUUCUCACCUUCUUGUUCUUUUCUGCUUUUCCAUCCACUGGACUGUCUGUAAUUCCGAUUGUUUCACCACGAGAGUGUUUUACACUCGCAUCCGUCUUUGCGUUAUUAUAUGCCCUUGUUAACCAGCAGGUUUUUAUAUUGAGCGUGCACACGUGUGUGUGUGUGUGUGUAUAUGAGAGAGGGAGAGUGUAUGAGAGAGAGAGAUCGAGAUCGAUCGCCAUGAAUAAAGAAUAUCAGCUACUGCUCUGUUUUUUCCGUUCUCUUCCCCUGAGUAAUAAACACACCUCCCUGAAGGCGAUGGUCCUGCUGACCUGUUCGUUGGUUCCGUGUGAUUGCCGUCGAGGAGCCGGUGUCGUCAUGUGCGAGAUAUUUUCCUACACUCAGUUUCCACCAUGGUGAAUUUGACUGGAGUUUGGGGGGGGAGGGAUUGGGUGGGAGGAGUCUGGUGUAUCAUUUAGCAUGUAAUAGUUUGUAUUAUAAAUAAAAGAAGAGUAUAUUUUGUAAAUACAUUAUUUGAUUCUUUACCGUGUUUGAUUUUUUGAGGCUGUCUGUAGCUGUCUUGAUUGUAUAGCGAGAAGACGCAUACAAAAAAAAAUAUUUAACAACUUUCUUUACGGAAAUAAAGGUGUAUGGAUAAUUGGCCAAUCUGACAGCGUUUGUGCUUCUCAAAAUUAAAAGUGAAUUAUAUUGUA